AUGGCAAAUCGCUUCCAUGCAAUUAUUUUCAUUUCCCUCCUCUUCGCUUUCCUUAGUUCCGUCAACAUUGUCGUUUCUUCUCCCGACAUCGUGAUAGAAGGACGCGUUUAUUGUGAUACUUGCCGUGCCGGUUUUGAAACCACUGCAACUACAUACAUGGAAGGUGCAAAGGUGAAGUUAGUGUGCAAAAAUUUCACUACGGGCGAAGUCAUUUUUACAAGUGAGGCGACAACAGACAGCUCUGGAACCUACAAGCUUAGUGUGGAGCAUGAUCAUCAAGAAGAAUCUUGUGCGAUCCAACUAGCGAAGAGCUCUCAAAAUGAUUGUUCCGAGAUCAAUGACGAUAGAAAUAGCGCUCCCGUAGUGAUAACCCACAAUGUUGGAAUUGCUUCCAAUGUUCGACAUGCGAAUUCUCUUGGAUUCCUGAAAGACCAGCCACUUUCCAAUUGCGGGCAGAUACUUAUGCAAUAUGCUUUAGGAACCGAAGAAUAA